GUUCUCCCAGACAUAGACACAUGUAGGGAAUAUAGGAUUGUGUUUUUCAAGUGGAGUCUUAUUAAGCUGAGCAUCUUUUUCUACAUUCAUCUAUUAAUUAACCGUACACCUAUAAGUCCUGGGAAGAAUGUCAUGUAUCCACCACUCUUUCAUAACAACAAAGACUGAUCAUUUCAAUCAUGUUGUCCAGUUCAUGAGUGGUGUGUAUUUCUUCUUCUUCUUUUGGGUACUCCAUAAAUGAUUACCUCACGCCAUAAAUUGGGUUCACAUUUGAACCCUGAAGCCAGAAGCAGUCGUUACCAUUUCCAUCGAUGAAACGUCCGUCACCAAUCGCCCCAGGCUCAUGCGCUCCCCAUUCUCGUUGGUCACGGUUCCUGGCUUCGCGCCACUCUCCCUUGCCGUACCGCCGCUUCCAGGGCGCAGCUCUGAAUCUCAUUGCCUUUCUUGAACUCUGGUUAGACACCAACAAGGUAGUGAACAAUUUCUGGUUCAGCCGCGCACACAGCGUGGGUACACAUACAAUGUAUGCCUGUGCCGAAGGUAGCGAGGAUCCUUACUGUGGGCUUCUGAGACCAUUUCAUGACCCACUUUAGAUUGGAAUCUAGUUCUUCGUCUUGUAGACAUGCCCCGGCUUCAAGGAGGAGCUCCACAAUGUCUUAAGUCAUGCAUCGGCCUCGCCAGGGCUUUCUCCAGGGGAGUGAAGGGUUUACCGACUUGUGGAUCAACACCUGCACAUAGCAGGGUGCGAAUUGUAUCAUUUAGCUUCUUUGAAUGGUGAAAUGGAUCAAUACAUGAACUGAGUGAGGGCAACAAGAGAGCAGAGUUCAAUUGUAGAGGCCGCAUUCGCAGAGCUUGGAAACAGAUCCUCCAGCAUCGAUUAGAAGUUGGAGAACGGCAGCCUCAUGUGUCUCUGCCACACUGAAGACUGGAGACUCCAUCAUGGAGUUGGAUGGGGUUAUUUCCGCUCCAUGUUCAGUAAGGAGACGUGCCACUUUCACACUCCCAAAGUGGGCAGCGACCCUCAGGGCCGUGCAUGUCAAAGUAUCCUCUUGCAAAAUAGGGACUCCAUUAUAUAGAGCAAUUUUUGCCAGCCUUACACAGUCAUGAUGCACUGCCAAAUGCAAGACAGACGAACGUAGGCAAGAAUGUGGAGGCCGGGAACUACAAUGGUAUAAAUACCCCUUUACCAGCGAAAUCUAGGCAGUAGCCCGACGAAAACAAUCUCGAUCUAACACAUUUUGCAAGUCUCAUGAGGUGUACAUGAGAGUGAUAAAAUCCCGCCCAUCAAGAAAUCUUGCGAUGUUAAGUGUCACAAAAUAUAUCUCAUCAGCAAAAUCCACAGGGCCUCAAAGCAUCAUCAGGGAGGAAACAGCCACCAGCUGAAGACAUGUUUGGAUUCAAUCAUGACAGUCAAGGAACCUUUGGAGCCUUUUGUUAAUCAUACCAGAGAGGUAUGUGGUGCAGCACAUGGACUCACUUCACACUCAUUGGAUCUAGCAAGAAGAAAACUUAUAUAGCUGUCAGUUCCAUGCUUUAUUUUUUUUCCCCCUGGACUAUGCAGGAGUAGCCCUUUGAAUAAAAGUUGCUGCUGAACAGCUUUUACGAGAUUGAUGCCAUCACCAACCUGUCUGGUUCUAGCAGACUGUGCUUGAUCUUUAUCCCGCCUGAGUGUUGGAUGGAGACACAAAGCGCCUCUCCUCACCCGGGCGAUAAAGACUGUUUCCUUGCUCCAGACGGACCACUAGGUAGAUCGAGAUCGGUCAGAAAGUCGACUAUUUACUCCAGACUAUUUUGGCAGAUUCAACACUUAACCGUGAGCCAGGCUAUUUGCGCCCGGCUAAAAUUUACAACGCUCUCUGACGAAGGGAUUUUACCGCCGCCACACCAAAAGGAUCAACCCUUCUGCUGGGGGCGACCCUCUUGAGUAUUUAUUAUUGCAUGCGCAUGUAUGUCUGACAAAAUGAUAUCCAUGCUGCGUCAUGUUAUUAGCUGUGGGAGGUAUACCGCACGUAAUAUGUCGCCGAUCAAGAGAGAAGACUCGAAGAGCCAUCGACCAUCUCUCGAACGAUGUAAAUAUCAUGUUAUUUAUUUAUAACAGUCUCAGCCGCAGAUAUUCGGCGAUCAGAGGAGUCAGCCCGACAAGCACCAGUUCUCUACAUUACUAUAGUCUGUUGCCUUUUUAUUCUGGAGUCAACGGUGAAGCAACACAUGCUCAUCCAUUCCUAUACAUCCCUCCUGGACCUACGUGUCUACCAUCUACCAACCGCCUUCUUAAAAUAUUCUAGUACACAUCUCUACAAUGCUGUCCCUCGCAUACCUCCCAACAGACAUCCUCUCGCUGCUCCCCCUCUAUAUUGACAACAUUGAAACAUUUAUCAGCGCCUCCAGCACCUGCCGCAGGCUCCGCUCGGUCUUCUCCAGCACCCUCCCACAGACAAUCUUCCAGCUAGCCGCCGCCUCUGCCCCGACAUUCUUUUCCCCGCACCCACACUUCCUCGUUAUGGCCGUGGCCCCGCAACUCCGCGACUGGGCCCUGGGUAGUGAGAAGAAUAGUAGCUGUCUCUGCGCGGCCUUUCAGGGCGGCAUCGAGGGCCUGUACGACUUCUGUGUGAGUGAUAAUAGCCUCAAGGCCAGGCUCACCCUGGACAGGAUUAGAAGGCUCUAUGAAGCCCGCUUCACUAUCCUCAACCCGUUCACGGAUAAAAUCGACAAAAUGGCCGGCAAGCAAUGGUACGAUACGAAGGACUUUUGGGACGGCGGUGUCAGUGAGCCUGCUACCGUCGACAUGGAGGCGCACCGCGCUGCGAUGCAGAUCAUCAUUUACGGCGAGCUGUUUGGGAGUAGCAUGCGACCAUUUCUGGAGCCAAGAGCUAGUAGGCAGGAAGGGCCGGAUUCGGAUUCGGAUCUGGAUUCACCUCUCCCAUAUUUUGACUUGCAAACUCGGCUCAACUAUAUCAAAUAUUGUGUCCCCGAAUGGGUAUGCCGGAGUUACCCGGGGUUUCAGAUAUUGCCUGUGGGCCCUUAUGCGCUGGAGAACAGGGACGAUUUGCCCGCGGAUCAGUACGCACUGCGACAUAUCUUGACGUGCCGACGGUGGCGGCGCAUGUGGGCAGAUGCAAUGGCUAUGGUAGGCCCGCUCUUUGCGGAGUGGGAUGCGGAGCGAGGCCCCUUUGAGAGGGCCCAAGCGGGUGGUGAAGUUGAAGGGGUGUGGAGAUUGAAAUUGUUCAGAGAUGCACUGCAGACAAUGGGGCUUGAGGGGAUGCAGCUGGUCACUCUGCCGCAGAAGAAAAUUGCUCCGGAGCUCUUAGAGAAAGCAUGUAGGAUGCGAGAGCAGAUUGCGGCGUUGGAGGCGCCUCCUCCGGUGUAUAUUGUGGGCGAUCGUUUGAGGGCUAAGGUUUCGAAGGCACCCGAUCCGGCGCAGGAUGUUUAUGUUUGCAUGGCGCCGUAUUGGUUUGGGGUUGGUGCAAGGUCGGACGAGGGCAGUUAACCAGCAGGAAGCUCAGCUUUCAGGGGGGCGGGGGUCAUUAAUAGAAAGUAUACCUUGCAAUGACUGAUAAAACUUCUGCUCCGCUCUAUGGUUGUCUGGCAUGAUUCACAUUUAUGUUCCGCUUGGGGAUUACGGAAUUCCCUCUAAUAAUAGAAUUUUUCUUAUUAAGAGUGUUCAGUUACUCCUCACGAUGUUUCUGCUCGAUUACUAUUUCGAAAGAUUAAGGGUAUAAUAUCUUGACAAUGUCAAUAUAAAAUAUGGGGCUUUCGUCAAUAUGCCUCGCGUUUACACAUGGCUAUACAUAUUCCGGCGGGCAAACACGAGCUAAUUGGGUUGAACUGCAGAAUACAUGUGGAUAUUAUUAUCGGGCACUUCAUUACAAUAAAUAUAUACACA